GUGUUCACUGUUCCCUAUAAAGAAGUUAAUGAUUUGUUUAAAAUAUUAGUUUAAAGUUAACAUAAUGUCACAAUAUCAUAUAUGUUUUCCGCUGUUAUUAAUUUUAGUUUUAGCUCCACAAACAUUAACGGAAUUUACGUCUGAGGAUUGCGCAUCCCUUGGUUUUAUUAAAGCUAAUCUAUUAUGUUCUUCUUGCGAUCAGUUAAAGGAUUUCAGUUUAGAUCAAUUGGUAGAACAUUGCAAACAAUGUUGUCACAGUGACGACUCAGCUCCGAAGGAAAAGAAAUACGCGCGAGCGAUAUUGGAAGUGUGUACUUGUAAAUUUCCGGCCUAUCCCCAAAUACAAGCAUUUGUGAAAAGUGACCGACCAGCAAAGUUUCCAAAUCUACAAAUUAAGUACUUACGUGGAUUGGACCCUAUCAUUAAACUCUUGGACAAAGAUGGCAUUGUGAGAGACACAGUAGCAAUUGAAAAAUGGAAUACCGAUUCAGUUGAAGAAUUUUUAAAUACUCAUUUAGAAAAGGCAGAAGAUGAGGAUCGUCAAUUUUUAAAAAAUAACUUAAUUUAAGUGUAUGUUAUUAAUAAAUUGUCUUUCUAUUAAUUUC